AUGGAUGAUCAGACGUUUCUAUACCGUACCAGGCUUCAUGUCUCAGCGCACCUCCGCAAGGCCAAGUUCAGAGUUUUGAGACUUCAUCGACGGUUGCUCGUAGCCCAGCUCAAGAUCCAACGAGCGAUCAUUGACAAACGAGCCACCAGAGCCACCGCGUCUCAGACCUUGUACACAAAGCUCCCCCCUGAAUUGCGCAUCCAAGUCCUCGAACUUGUCCUCGCCGAUGAGCCCACGGUCCUACACAUGCUCCCACCAGGCCUUGGAUCCAGCUUGGAACUGGCUGAAUUCCAAGUCCACGACAAUCAGCGCGCGGCGAUGCUGAAGCAUUACUGGAGCUACUUCGCCUGGCUUUUGACGUACCGCGAAACGCGCCCUGAGCUGUGGGACGAGUUGCAGGACGUUGUGCAGCGCCGCACGACUCUCGUCUUCGAUUUUUCCUUCUUGAACGUUGACACCGCGUUUGCAGACCUAGCGGAUUAUGCGUUCAAUAAGAUGAUCCAGGACGUCACGCGCGACAAUAGCAUGUCCGUUCGGCAUAUACGCGUCACAAAUGUGCCGACCGCGCUUCUCAUACUCCCGAAUAUACGCGCUUUCGGCCUGCGCACUAACAUGGACCUCUACACCACUGCUGACCGCAAAAUUAGAUGCGUUACGAAGGACGCGUUGCCGUCGUUCAUGGAAGAAGCUAGUUGGGUUCACCUAGUGAGCCCUCUGAGGUCCAUCAUGGAUCCGCUUGCCACUUUGCAGCAGAUAAACAAGGCACAGACACACAUUCUGGAGUGCUGGCAGGGCGAUCUAUCAGAUCCGACGAAGUAUCAAGGCGAGAGUGAGAAUCUCGUCACCAACAGGACAAUCAUACAGUCACUAUCUAAUCUGCAGCGCUUUGCCAAGGCACAGUAUACUUAUUGGAAUGCUGCACGAACGUGCUCAGAGGAAGGGCUUGAUAAAGCCACAUUAGAUCAGCUGUGCACGUACUGCGAUGGGGUAUGCAACGCAGGAAUUCGGGGUGAGUGUACGCCAAUAGACUCUCAAGUUGCUGGACGUGUUUGCCGGGAUCAGGGGGAAGAAUCAUGUCCCUUUGAAGUAUAG